UGCCCGAGAGAGACACUCUUACCCAUACAGUGCGGGCCCUCAGUGAAUCUCCAGUUGGCGGUGCUACGUGUCAAUCACUGCACAGACUAGUGCAGACUGAGUAAGGCUGUAGGAUUGUGAGGUUUAGUCCAUUCCAUCUAAUGCCAGGCUAUUAGAGUGACGACGCCCUCACCCACCGCUUCACUAGCCCGUUAGUAUCUCUGUCUCAUCGUUUCGCUAGCAAUCGCCCAGAGCACAAACCAUCAACCGCCAUCGUGAAGUGCAGUACAGCAGCAAGGCUUUCAUGGUGACUUAUUCCCCCGUACAGUCGCCGUCGUUCCUCCGCACUUGCGCGAUAGCUCUUCCCUCACUUCUUCUACCCGCUGUCGAGUCAGUUUUCCAUGCGACGCCGGCAAUUCUCGCGCACGUACCUUCCUCCUUUCACUCUCGCUUCAAGUUGGUUUCAGUGUCCUACGCGCUCGGCGGCGUCGGUCCUUCACUCUGCGCUGCUAAUUCUCCUCGCUCCUUCUCCUCAGAACCGAAACCAUCAGCGCGUCAAGUCACACGGCCCCACUGUUUUCGCUCGUCUUGCCGCCGCUCCGCGCUCUCCGUUUCAGCCCGCGCCGUGCUGUGCGCUCUGUUAGCCACCAGCACCAGUACUACUACUGGCAAGGAAGCUCAGGUUUUCUCGCCCACUUCGCCGGCAGUCACCCUGGAUCAAUCAACGCGUACUCGCAAAAGCACCAAAGUGUCGCCGAAGAAUCCGAUUCCGCUGCCGCCGCUGCCGCUGCUACUGCCUCUGGCUGCGCGCUUCUAUGGCAGACAAUAGUAAUCCGCCUAACUUAAGCAAUCCUCUCGCUACUCCGCGCGCGGCGCCGCUAUCGGCGCGUGCGAGCAAGCAUCGGCAAAUCCCUCCAGCCUGCUCUCUCUCCGCGGCCUCCGCGGGCUCCUUUUCCCCCGAAUCCUCCGCCUCGGCCCUCGUUCCCGCCCAGCCAUCGCGCACGUUCCUUACGUGCAAUCAUCGCAGCGCCGUCGGCACCGUUCCCGACCUAUUAGUGCUGGAUCGUCCGCAUUGCCCGCCGCGCCCGCCGCCGUUGACGUCGCGGAACGUGACCAGCCAGCGGCAGCGCAUCAGCCGCUUCCUCUGCGAAAUUUCCGCCGAGACGGCGACCCACUCCGCUGCCGCCAGCGCCGCGCGCUGCGGCUCGUCCCGCCGCAAGCGCGAGGACUCCGACUCGGUCGCGACUCCAGCUCCCGAGGGGCCCGGCGCGGUUUUAUUCGGUCACCGCAUCCUCCCGCACGUGAAGUUCCCCCCCGUGCCGCCCGCAGGCAUGUGGCGUGGGGAAGACGGGGUGCCCGCUAAAAAGCGACCGCGCGCCGUCCCCGGAGCCGUCGCUUUCCCCUCCGCCGCGGAGGCAGUGAAGGACGAGCCGCGCGACAGCCGGAGCGCAGACUUCCGCCACCCCGCGCAGCUGCCGUCGCCCCAGCAUCUCUCGCUGACCGCGUCCACCCCUCUCGCGGACCCUCUUAGUCUGUCCCCGUACCCUUACGCGCCUGGCGGCGGCGUUGCCUCUGCGGGAGAGACCCACGCGCUGGAGCUAGGAACGCCCACGCGCACGCGCACUCGCGGGUUGUCCCCCCCGCGGGUUUAGAUCAUGCCCGCCGGUUCCGCGGCUCCUCUUCCAUCUGGGCCUCUGCCGGCGAUACCGUCGAAGGCGCGCUCGCCGCCGUCGGCGGUGGCGGCGGCGGCGUCGGUGGAGCCUCGGCGACCGCGGAUCACCCCGAGUCGACGGGCGCGCGCACUUUCGCCUUCCUGAUGCCCGCGGAGAAGGGCGCUUCCGCCGUGCUUUCCUCGCCGCACGCUCCGCGGAAGGGCGCUGGAGCGAAGGAAGGGAGGGAGGAGGAGGUGCAGGGAAGGGAGAGGCA